AUGUUUAGGGAGAGCUCAACUGACUUGAACAUGGUCAUAGGAGCAUUGCAUGCUGCUGUUAUUUUUAUUGGAAUUAACAACUGCCAAACUGUUCAACCAGUUGUGGCCAUUGAAAGAACUGUAUUCUAUAGAGAAAGGGCUGCUGGAAUGUAUGCUCCUCUGCCUUAUGCUAUAGCACAGGUUUUCACCGAAAUACCAUAUGUGUUUGCCCAAACUGUGUUUUACUCACUCAUUGUGUAUGCUAUGGUGAGCUUUGAGUGGAAAGUGAAGAAUUUCUUCUGGUUCUUCUUUGUCAGCUUCUUCUCCUUCCUGUACUUCACAUAUUACGGUUUGAUGACCGUGUCCAUCACACCAAAUCACCAAGUGGCAUCAAUCUUCGCAGCAGCGUUCAACGGUCUCUUCAACCUCUUCUCUAGCUUCUUUAUCCCAAAACGUGAGAGUAUACCCUUCUAG